AGCCUCAAAAUGCACGAGCAGAGGAAGACGAAACAGAAGAACGAUGACAAGACGCCAGAGGGAGCGGUUCCUGCUUACCUGUUGGACAGAGAGGGCCAGUCCCGCGCCAAAGUCCUGUCCAACAUGAUCAAACAGAAGAGGAAAGAGAAGGCUGGUAAAUGGGAGGUUCCCCUGCCCAAGGUGCGCGCUCAGGGCGAGACGGAGGUGCUCAAAGUCAUCAAGACCGGCAAGAGGCAGAAGAAGGCGUGGAAGAGAAUGGUCACCAAAGUGUGCGUCGUGGGCGACGGCUUCACCCGAAAGCCUCCCAAGUAUGAGCGCUUCAUCAGACCCAUGGGUUUACGGUUUAAGAAAGCCCAUGUCACUCAUCCGGAGCUGAAGGCCACGUUCUGCCUGCCCAUCCUGGGGGUGAAGAAGAACCCAUCGUCUCCCACCAGCCUGGGGGUCAUCACAAAGGGAACUGUCGUGGAGGUCAACGUCAGCGAGCUGGGGCUUGUCACACAAGGGGGAAAGGUCAUCUGGGGUAAAUAUGCCCAGGUGACCAAUAAUCCGGAGAAUGACGGCUGCAUCAACGCCGUGCUGCUUGUGUAAACGGACUCCUGGCUCAUACGGACUGCUGACUCUUCUCACUUGGAUUACUGAACAUGAUAUGGAAUAAGGAUGGCUUGCUGUCGGAUGGAAUCUGAAAUACUUUCCGCAUUUGUAAUAAAUAAGUAAUUUACUCUGGCA